AAAAGCCACUAUUAUAGAGACAGGUGUACAGUAAUACGGUAGUCACGCAGCGCAGCCGGUCGCAGAGAAGCGAUUAAAUGUUUACUAUUAAGUCAAAAGGAGCAUUUUUGUGUGGUUAGAGUCAUAUUGGAAGCGUUUAUUUUUUCCUGACUACAGCCAUGUAAUGGCAUAUGAGUCGAGUGUAAUGUAACGAUCCCCAUCGACGCCUGUGCAGUUUUUACGCUCAGUGACAUGACAUGGACGGCUGAGUGUCUCACUGAGAGCGGAUGAACUGAAGAACGAUGUCGGACCAGGGUUAUGGCUUAACUCUUUCGGCUGCACCCCAGCUCCGCAGGGGCAGCACCCCCCUGCCAAUCAAGCAUCAGCUGAAGAGAGAGGAGGCUGUUUCCGAGGAUUACGAUUGGACGCCUGGGCUCAAUGAGUCUGCGACUCCACAAAUCAGCGUCACCAAUAUCCAAGAUUCGCCUUCCCUAAAACUGCCGCAGCAGAAGUACCACGGACCCCUUCGGAUAGUCCUACUGGGCCAAAACGGAGUGGGCAAAUCCUCUCUGGCACUUUGUCUUGCUGGACUGUCAGACAGAUCACUCUCCAUAGACUCUGAAACCCAAGCAACCGAUGAGGGUUACCAGCGGCGAGUGACUGUGGAUGAUGAGGACAGCUCAAUUUUAGUAUUUGACAGUUGGAAACAGGAGCUGUCCGGCCUGCAAUGCGAGGUGUGCAUCCUGGUGUUCUCGUUGACGGACAGGCGUAGCUUCCACCGGAUCGCCCAGCUCCGCCUACUGUUGAGGGAGUCGCUGCCGCACACCCCCAUCAUCCUAGUGGGCAACAAGAGUGACCUUGUGCGCUCCCGUGAGAUCAGCACAGAGGAGGCACACUCCAGCGCAAUGAUGUUUGGCUGCCUGUAUCUAGAGCUCUCCGUCUCUCUGGACCACCGCACCAAUGACCUCCUAGAAGCGGCCGUGAGGGCGGCCCGGGGCCACAGCCUGGGGCCCGGCUGGACGGAGGGGUCCCCCGCAACGGCCCGCCGAGAGAGCUUGACCAGCAGGGCCAAACGCUUUCUGUCAGGGCUCGUCCCGCGCUCCCACCUCGGCCGAGACAGGGAUAGGGAGGGCGACAGAGACCUCAGCAGACACAGAGGAAGCAGAAUGCUCAGGCAGAAGUCACGUUCUUGUCAUGACCUCAGCGCUCUAAUGUAACCGAAAACCACAGAGAGAGAAGGGAGAAGAGGUGUUAAAGGAGGCUAGUGGAGAAACUGCAUGUGAGAUUGACAGGUGAGGAGAUAAGAGACAGUGUUGCCACACCACUUCACAGAGGAGAUAAUUCUCUGGAGAUAUUACCUAAACUAGUAUGUGUGAAAUUAGUUGUUUAUACCAGUCUCUCAGUCAUUGAAUGUGACAGUGGUGCAGCGAAACCUAGCAGUGUGUAAACUAUCCUGACAGAACAUGACCUUUAAGGUUGCGAGAGGCCUGGAAACGGACAGGACGACACAAAUAUAGCGCUGGAUAUCAGUAUAAUGAGUAUAUCAUGCUGACUGUGACAGGCUGUUAGUGGCGAUAGAAUAGCUCCUGUAGAAGUCCCUGUUGAGAAGCAUGCUGACACAGCACGGAUGCAGAAUCGUAGUAAAAGUUUUGUAGUAAAAAAAAGGUCCACCGGCACAGAAUAAGAUGCUUUAGUUAAUGCAUGGAUUUAGCUUUUUAGCUUUUCUCACUCUACCUGCACAAGAAUAGAAUUUUCAGGUUUAAGGAAACCAAAUAAAGUGAACCGAAUCAGUCAUUGAAAAAACCCUGUUGGUCGAUAGGGCUGCACGAUAUUAGAAGAAGAAGAAAAGACUGGCAUUGCUAUUAUUUUGUUUUUCUGCUAAAUAAAAAUUACAGGAAUUUUCACCAGGUGAAUUGAAGGAAUAGUUCACUUCAAAAUGAAAAAUAUGUCAUAAUUUA